UUGGCUCCUUCCUUCCCCCGCAACGUCACGAGGACAACAUAAAGCGUUAGGCAGCGAGCGGGACGUUUUCACUCGAGGGACAAACCUCUGAAGACCGCCAAGAUGAAAGUCAAGGACAUGGCAUUCAAGGAAGGGCAGGAGUUUAAAGUCCGAGUCAGACCCAACGAUGACAGCUCUAGCUUUGCACUCAACAUCGGUCACGAUCCCGAGAACAUCGCGAUGCACUUCAACCCCCGCUUCGACCAGAACACCAUUAUCUGCAACUCCAAGUCUGGUGGGGAGUGGGGUCAAGAGGAACGAGACAUGAACUUCCCCUUUGUGCGUGGGGAGGAAUGCAAGUUUUACAUCAACUUCAACAUGGACCAGUUUUACAUCAAACUUCCCGACGGCAGCAUGAUGAACUUCCCCAACCGUCUGGGAGACGUCAAGUACAAGUUCUUCGACGUCACUGGCGACGCAAGGAUCGUGGGCAUGAAGAUCAAGUAGAGGAUGAACUCCUCUCGACAUCUUCUGAUCUGCUGGUGGGAGAAACGGUCCGUUUCAGAGUCACUGAACCCGGCCGGUGUUCUGAUUGCUUGCAGAGACACAACUGUGUUGCAAUGACGAGAAAAGGUCUGCAGAUGGCGCCAGAUCAUAUCUUAUGUCACCGCUUUUGCCCUUACAAUAAAUCGCCUGGUCUCUUCAAUAAAAGCUGAAAAAGGACAA